GGUCAAGCGUAACCAUCCACGGUGAGCUGCUUGUCGAUGGUUAUUGGCUACUGAGCUCUGUCAGAAAACACACAGUUUGCGAUGUGUCUGACUUGAAAUAUUGUCAAGGAAUAUUUUAGAGUGAGGUUUCUUUAAUUUCUAUGACAAAACUACAUCUACAUGCGAUAGACAUACUAUUAUCAUGAUGUGUUUGAACCCCGGAUGAAUGAUGCUGGAAGUUGCAUUGAAUAUAAUGGGCGAAAUGAGAAAAAAAGAUUCUUGAUAUAUAGGCCUAAUUAGGAAUUGUUAUAAAAAAAACAUUGGCACCAAAGGAUGGCCUCUCCCGGUCCAGGAAGAAACAAUGAGAAUUCCAGUUCUCCCAGUGGAAAUACACACGAGGGGCCGCCACACAUCUACUCAAAGCCUCAGCCAGGAGGUGGAAUUACAAUCCGAACAGAUUCAAACCACAGCAAACCGCUUAGCUCAGCGUGGACUGCCGCGCUGGGGGCUGCCACUGCCAACGCCGCAAACACCAACACAAUGACUCGAAAACGAGCACCACCAAGGAAACAACAAAACCAAAAUGUGAGGCCACCCCGGGCCUUGUUUUGUUUAACGUUGGAAAACCCUUUACGAAAAUUGUGUAUCAGGAUUGUGGAAUGGAGAGCCUUCGAGUACCUCAUUCUCUUGACCAUUUUUGCUAACUGUGUGGCGCUAGCCGUGUCCCAGCCUUACCCCAAAUUAGAUUCCAAUGAGGUCAACGUAGCACUGGAAAGAGUGGAAUAUGUUUUUUUAGUUAUAUUCACCUUAGAGGCCAUUAUGAAAAUUAUAGCGUACGGAUUCGUUCUACAUUCGGGUGCCUAUCUCCGAAAUGGAUGGAACAUCCUAGAUUUUAUAAUUGUAGUUAUUGGUCUUUUCACAAUCUUUAUAAUUAUUAUAAGCACUGUCUUGUCAACAAUGAACAUCAAUAAUUUUGAUGUGAAAGCCCUGCGAGCAUUUAGGGUUCUGCGACCCCUACGUCUGGUUUCAGGCGUGCCCAGUCUUCAGGUGGUGCUGAACGCGAUUGUGCGUGCUAUGGUGCCUUUACUUCAUAUAGCUUUGCUUGUGAUCUUUGUCAUAUUUAUAUAUGCCAUCAUCGGAUUAGAACUCUUCUCAGGAUCCAUGCAUGAAACAUGUUUUGAUAAAGAAACAAAUUCUGUCAUGACACUCCCAAACGUCCAUCCGUGCGGGAAAGGAUUCUCUUGUCCAAACGAUUCGGUGUGUCAGAAAUACUGGGCUGGACCUAAUGACGGAAUCACCAACUUUGACAACUUUGGAUUAGCCAUGUUGACAGUAUUCCAAUGCAUCACCUUAGAAGGAUGGACAGAUGUCUUAUACAAUAUAAACGAUUCACUAGGAAAUAGCUGGCCAUGGAUAUACUUCAUUAGUUUAAUCAUUAUUGGAUCAUUUUUUGUACUCAACUUAGUUUUAGGUGUACUUAGUGGUGAAUUUUCUAAAGAAAGAGAAAAAGCCAAAGCUCGGGGCGAUUUUCAGAAACUGCGGGAGAAAAAACAGUUGGAGGAAGACUUGCGGGGAUAUCUUGACUGGAUUACUCAAGCAGAAGAUAUAGACCCUGAAAAUGAGGAAGAAAACGAAGAAGGUGCAACUCCCCACCACAAAAACCAAGAAACAACAUCAGUUAAAACAGAGGACGUGGAGAGUGGCGAGAUACAACAAACAUGGUGGCAUAGAAGGAGUUUUCCUUACAGUCGAAGAUUACGGAAGUGGAACAGAAGAUGUCGGAGAAUGUGCAGAAAAUUGGUCAAAUCCCAAGUUUUUUAUUGGACUGUCAUUGUAAUGGUGUUCUUAAAUACGUGUGUUUUAACUUCUGAACAUCAUGGCCAGCCACCAUGGCUGGAUAAGUUUCAAGCCAUUGCCAAUCUGUUCUUUGUUAUCCUUUUCACCAUGGAGAUGUUGCUGAAGAUGUACAGUUUAGGAUUACAGGGAUAUUUCGUCUCGUUGUUUAACCGUUUUGACAGUUUUGUUGUCCUCUUCAGUAUCGUUGAAGUCAUUCUUAUAUACACCAAGGUCUUUCCGCCUCUGGGCGUCAGCGUGCUUAGGUGUGCCCGAUUGCUUCGCGUUUUCAAAGCCACAAGGUACUGGUCCUCGCUGCGUAAUCUGGUGGCCUCCCUGUUAAACAGUAUGCGUUCCAUCGCCAGCUUGUUGCUUCUUCUUUUCCUCUUCAUCGUUAUCUGUGCCUUACUCGGUAUGCAGUUGUUUGGAGGCCGGUUCAAUGAAAUCAGUAAAAUAGACGACAAGCCUCGCAGCAACUUUGACACAUUUUGGCAGUCUCUUCUCACAGUGUUUCAGAUUUUGACUGGUGAGGACUGGAAUGUUGUCAUGUACAAUGGCAUCAACUCGUACGGAGGAGUGGACGAGGUGGGCUGUAUCACCUGUCUAUAUUUUGUGAUACUCUUCAUCUGUGGUAACUAUAUCUUACUGAAUGUUUUCUUGGCUAUUGCCGUUGACAACCUUGCUGAUGCCCAGAGUCUGACAGAAGAUGAGGCCGAGAAGGAAGACGAGAAGGAGAGGAUCCGUUCUCUACGUCGAUCCAAAACGCCAGAGGGGGAGGAAAAAUCAAAAGAGGCAGAGUUAGAACCAGAUGAAGGGGUAGGCAUGGUAGAAAAUGGUGGCGAGGAAGAGAAUGUUUACCAUUCCCGACAACCUAGUCAAAGAUCCCACCGGUCGAGGGAAGAUCUGAGUCCUAUGACUGAUGAACACCGGGUGAGAAUCAACUUAGGCCACACCGAGGAUGAAUACAGAGAGUCGAAUCAUGUUCCCAUAGAGGAAGAAGACGACUCAUGUGCCAGCGAAACCAGUUCAUUUGAUCUCUUAGAGGGUGAGACGGCUGCUGAAGACGAUGCAGAUGAGGAAGACAUGGAGGAGCUUGAGGAUGAGGAGGAUGAGUCUCAGGCACCUUCAACCGCUAGACCACGACGAAUGUCGGAACUCCACAUUCCCGAGAAAAUCAAACCUAUUCCUAAAGCCUCCUCACUCUUCAUUCUCAAACCCAGUAACAAGUUCCGUGUGAUCUGCCACAAGAUCUGUAACCACCCCUACUUUGGUAACAUUGUGCUGGCCUGUAUCCUGAUUAGCAGCGGUAUGUUAGCGGCCGAGGACCCCCUACAACCCAAGUCUGAAAGAAAUGUUAUCCUGAACUAUUUUGACAUAUUUUUCACCUCUGUUUUCACGGUUGAGAUUAUAAUCAAGGUUAUCACGUAUGGGCUAAUCAUGCACAAAGGUUCAUUUUGCCGCAGUUUCUUCAACAUUUUGGACUUCACGGUUGUCGGUGUUUCCAUCAUAUCAUUUGUUUUGGACAAUCAGGCUAUAUCAGUGGUGAAGAUUCUUAGGGUGCUGAGAGUUCUGCGUCCUCUGAGAGCCAUCAACAGAGCCAAAGGACUCAAGCAUGUGGUGCAGUGUGUGAUUGUGGCUGUGCGAACAAUCUACAACAUCCUGUUGGUCACCUUCCUGCUCCAGUUUAUGUUUGCUGUCAUUGGAGUCCAGCUGUUUAAGGGUCGGUUUUAUGGUUGUUCAGACAAAUCUAAACUAACGGAGAGUGAGUGCAGAGGUCAAUACAUUGAUUACCCGACGGGAGAAAUUAACCAAGCCAUGAUCAAAGAGCGGGAGUGGACAAACAACCCCCUUAAUUACGACAACGUCCCAGAAGCCAUGUUGACUCUGUUUGCCGUCUCCACAUUUGAGGGAUGGCCUGGGUUGCUAUAUCAAUCCAUCGAUGCUAAUGACGAGAACAACGGACCUAUUUAUAACUACCAACCCUUUGUGGCCAUCUUCUAUUUCAUCUUCAUCAUUGUCAUCGCUUUCUUCAUGAUGAACAUCUUCGUUGGUUUUGUCAUCGUCACAUUUCAGAACGAGGGAGAACAGGAGUACAAGAACUGUGAACUCGACAAAAAUCAGAGAAAGUGUAUUGAGUUUGCCUUAAAAACUCGUCCCACACGACGCUACAUUCCUAAAGCUCGAUGGCAGUACAAAAUUUGGUGGUUUGUGACUUCUCGAGCUUUUGAGUAUGGCAUAUUCACCCUGAUUAUACUCAACACUGUCAUUUUGGCCAUGAAGUAUGAUGGUCAGUCCGGGGGAUAUUCCGACGCACUGGACUACUUAAACAUGAUCUUCACUGGAGUCUUCACCAUUGAAUUUAUUCUGAAACUGAUGGCAUUUAGAUUUAGGAACUACUUUGGAGACCCCUGGAACGUGUUUGAUUUCAUCAUCGUCCUGGGCAGUUUUAUUGACAUUAUAUACACCGAGGUCAAUCGAGAAAAGGGAGAUUUAAAGCCAGGACAAGGCAUCAUCAGCAUUAACUUUUUCCGUCUAUUCCGAGUAAUGAGGCUCGUGAAACUUCUGAGUCGAGGAGAGGGAAUCCGAACACUUCUCUGGACUUUCAUCAAAUCCUUCCAAGCACUGCCAUACGUCGCCCUCCUCAUCGUGAUGUUGUUCUUCAUCUAUGCAGUCAUUGGAAUGCAGUUGUUUGGCAAAAUCUCUACAGUCCAAGAAGAUUCACAGAUUCACCGGAACAACAAUUUCCAGACAUUUCCCCAAGCUGUGUUGGUGUUAUUUAGGUCUGCCACAGGGGAGGCGUGGCAGGAUAUUAUGUUGUCCUGUGUGGCAAAUGACGUGCCCUGCGACCCACUGUCUGAUGGCAAAGAAGAUGAGGACUGUGGAAAUGACGUGGCCUACUUCUAUUUUUUAUCCUUCUACAUGUUGUGUUCAUUCCUGAUUAUAAACUUGUUUGUGGCUGUUAUCAUGGACAACUUUGACUAUCUGACACGUGAUUGGUCAAUUUUGGGCCCACAUCAUCUGGAUGAGUUUGUCAGGCUGUGGUCAGAAUAUGACCCAGAGGCAAAAGGCAGAAUUAAACAUUUGGAUGUUGUUCAGUUGCUCAGAAAAAUAUCCCCUCCUUUGGGAUUUGGAAAACUUUGUCCACACCGAGUUGCAUGUAAACGUCUUGUCAGCAUGAAUAUGCCUCUGAAUAGUGACGGCACUGUGAUGUUUAAUGCCACGCUCUUUGCCUUGGUGCGAACCUCACUGAAGAUAAAAACGGAGGGUAACAUUGACGAAGCUAACGAGGAUCUACGCAGAGUCAUUAAAACUAUAUGGAAGCGAACCAGCCCUAAGCUCCUGGACCAAGUAGUCCCCCCUGCUGGGGAAGAUGACGUGACAGUCGGGAAAUUCUAUGCAACCUUUUUGAUUCAAGACUACUUUAGGCGAUUCAAAAAACGAAAGGAGCAGAUGAAAAAGAUUGAAAAGGGACAGGAGCAUACCAAUGCCCUACAGGCUGGGUUACGAGCUGUACAUGAUUUGGGACCAGAAAUUCGCCGUGCAAUAUCAGGCAAUUUGGACGAGGAAGACUUUGCCGAGAAAGACGCCGAGGAACCUAUGCACAGGCGGAACCACAAAUUGUUUGGAUUUGGCAGUGUGAUGACAGCCUUGGCCGGAGUCCAUAAAACGGCUAUUCCCUUUGCCAGCCGUACACAGUCACUUUUGAUCAAUCAAACGCCCAAAAUCUCCUCCCAUUCCAACCUCUCACCACAAAAUUCACUGAAUGGGAAAGUGACACCAGCUGAAAGUUGUAACCAUCUGAGUGUGGAACAGCGCAAUGCCAUCAAUCGCACUCCCUCUCCUCUGGCUCCUGUUCGAGUCUCACCAAUGAUGUGCAAUGAUUCCCGUCGACAGAGCCAUACUAGUGGAAUUUCCUCCUCCGAGUCGCACCGCGACAUGGUCCCUCCCAGAAGUCCUGUCAGUCAGCACGGCUCAGAGUCUGAGGUUCCUCAAUGGGAGAAAUACAAGCCCCAGGACAUAACGAAGAAACAGGGCAUCUAUGUCUACAGAGAUCUGCCACAAGAGGAUAGUGAUUAUGAGCAAGAUGACCAUGCCCCACCCACCCCACCCCCUAGGAAGUUGAGUCGUCGAGGGGCAUCACUACGUUUGGCUUGCAUAGGGAAACAGCAAAGUGAUGAAAAUCCUCUAAUGAAAAAAAUUGCAGAACCUUUGAAGCUUGCUCAAACCCAGGCCAUGGCGGUAGCUGGACUAACCAGUGAUGGUAGACAGCGACCAAACGAUUAUCCUAAAACAGGGCUUCCAGUCAACAGAGCUUCCUACCAAAACACAGGACGGAAUAUGUCAUCACGACAGAACCUCCACAGAAGCUCGGACACCAUGGCCAUUCAGGACUCCUCGGGCAUUUACUCUCGCACAGUAGAGGCGGGUCCUCUGAUUAUUCCUAAUUAUGUGAUGGCCAACCAAAAGUUCCGACAGAGUAGUUACAACAAAUCGAGUGCAGAGAGUCUGGUAGAAAAGGUUCUGACGGUGGAGGGGUUGGACCGUUAUGUAGACGCUCACACUUUACAACAAGAAAUCGCCGAGGCCAACGACAUGACAGCAGAUGAUAUGGACAAGGCAGCAAGGAUGUUACUCCACCCACCUGAAGAGAACCACAGUAAUGCCCCCCACCCCGGCCAGCGCAGCCCCUACUACGAGCACCUGGGGGGGUUCCUGGUGCAGGAGAUGAAGGACUACAACUGUUAUUCCACUAAAGACGACCUGAAUCACAAAGGCUACAGUCCCAGCUCAGAGGAGACCAGUGACGAUGAAAUGGUAUUUGUCACCACUUUAUGAACAUCCUGUCCUUGCAUGGAGAUCUUUCUCUGAUUUAUAGAGUCGCUGUAGGUCAUCAAGGGUACGUCAAAUCAAGUCAGGACACUCAAUAAGAACUAAAGGAAAAAAUGCAUGGACUGUGAAACUUUGGUGCUUGUCUGCCCUUUGGCUAAUGCCUUUGGGCCCCAAGAAUAUGGGAACAAAUCCAUUGUUGUUUUUCUUAGAUGUGCUUACAGAGUUAUUGAGAGAGUCAUGACUUUGAUUGACUACUCGGGCCUGCUGGGGAGAGGGAAAUGCUUGUCUUCCACACCUAUCAGUACCUGCCAAAUAACUUUCACUUGGAGAUUCUCAACUUCAGUAAAUCUGUAGUUGAUGUAUAUAGAUACCAUUAUUUCCCAUACAGCUUUUACCUGGUGAAAAGAUGAGCAUCUUUAAAAUCAAGGUUAUUUGGCAUGUUAUUUGCAGAGGUUGUAUAUCUUUACUAGAAAACUGAGAAUAUGAAAGUCAUAUGUACCAAUACUCACAUUAGUUCUUUUGUACUUUGAAGCCACAUUUUGCAUGUUGUGUAUUUUCUAGUUUUUUCUUCGGUAUCAGAACUCUUAUGCUUUUCUUCCAAUGGGCUUGUACAAGUUUAUUGGCAUAGUUGUAUAUAGUGUUAGAGCUUGUACUAACAAGAACUAGAGAGAAUGGUACAGAUGCUAGUACUGAUCUGUACUGGUUCACCAGUGCACUAUGAUUGGUGAUGGUGUUUUUGUAAACUAAAUUUUCACCAGUGUUGGAUUUGAAGUGGACUUUCCCCUUUGUUUUUUUGUGCAGAAGACGGAUUAUCACAAGAAACUGGAUUAAUGUUCUGUGAUUGAUGAUGCGUGACUAAACUUCAGCAAACCAUGAACUGUGUGAUGGAAUGAAUUUGUUGUUCUCGGUGCAAUAAAACUCACUUUGGUUCAAACCAGCUGGUUCUGGUUUUGAGCGUUGCUUGAUGCAACGUUUGUUUCUUUAUAUAGAAUAUAUAUGUGAAUAUGUACAUGUAUGUAUAGUGAUUGUUGUAAUUCAUACCUUAAAAGUGAAUGGAUGUUUUGAUUAUCUGCCAGAGGAUUCAUGUAAAUGUAAUAUUUAAAUUUCUUUACUAUGUGAACAAAUAAUCAAAGUUUGUACAUGGAGAAAUUUGAUUUCUUUAUUAUGGGAAUGAAAGAAAACCAAAGUUGAUACACUGUCAGAAAUGUUAAAAUUUAAUUGAUAUGCUGUUAGAAAUGUUUAAAUUUUAAAAACAAUCAAAUUGUGCCAUCUGUAUGUUCAUGUAUUUAAGAGAUUGUUUCAGUAGGAACCAUAUAGCUUAAAAGUUUAGUCCCUGGAAUGCUGGCAUUGAAUGUUGACAUCUGCAUGGAUUGAUUUGUUUGCUGCCUGACAGAAAACAAAUUAAAGCAUGGACACCUGAGACUAUAUAUCAUGUUUCACAACUUUCUGUUAAAAUACUUACUUCAAGAAAAAUUAAAAGUAUUUUUAUAAUAAUUGGAAACAUGGCGAUAAAUAUUUUGAGUGGAAUGUGUUAUGAAGAAGUUCUUGUUGUGUAACUCAGACAAUUGUUUGCGGUACUUUCAGAAGUUCCGCUUGACUAGACAUGCUCACAGUUUUAGAUAUUGACCUUCGGCCAAUACAGAAAAAAAAAACCUGAUCCUCCCCAGCUGUGAUAACCCUUUGUAUGUGGAGAGACUGUGAUGUUACCAUAUAAACAAAACAAAACCAAGCUCCAGACCAAACAUUGGGCCCCUUCUGAAUGCGAGGAAAUGUACCUAUACACUGUCACUCUUCAUUCCGAAGUGCUUCAGGAGUCACGUUUGUUUUCAAAUUUUAUAGGAUGAUUUUGUGUGCAGGAAAAGAGUGUUACUGCAUUACUGACUUUUUUGUUGUUGAGAUUUAUGGAGUUGUGCAAUUGAAUGUUUUUCACAUUUACCUGGGAAGUGAUUGGCAUCUGUAUACAAAUGUAUGUUCUGCAAGGAAUUCAUUAGCUCAUCAUCCGGGAAGUGAUUAUUUUCGAUUGCCUCUUUUAUGAGUGUACCUGUUACCCAGGAGUGACAGAUAGGAGGCUGUACAUAGUACGAUGUGUCUCGUUUGCUCCUGUCUCCCGGACUACAUAGUACACUUUUGAUAUAUGGGUUUUAUUCUGAAUGAUCAUCAAAGAAGUAGGGCCAAUAAACAUACUGAUUUGCCCAGAAUAUUUAAAGCAUUUUUGACUUCAUUAAGUUUUUGAUAUUCUUUCUAAUCUUGAAUGAUUUGCACACAUCUGAAAGACAAAAAUUAAAAAAAGGGAACUUGUUUGUGGUCACUAUAAAAGUAGUGAAAAUUUUGCACUUUUUCAAUCAAUUUACAAAAGUCCAGUAAUUUCAGUAAAUAAAUCAGUUGAGUAGAUAUGGGGUUAAAAAGGAGCUGAGUGUUCCAUACUCUUUGAUGUGUGUAUGUGUGUGUGUGUCUGGUUAUGUGUUUACUGAUGUAAGGACUCGUAUAUGGUUUGUGGGUGUAUUACUCUAAAGCAUGUUCAUUGACAGUAUAAAUAAAUUUUUUGAUGUGUUUCGUAAAAUCCCCAAUAUAAAUAUAUAAGGAUCCUGUUUUAUUGAUUUUACAAAGAAAAUGCUUUUACUAAAAUACAUGUAACUACACAUAAUGUAAUGACAUUGUUGUAAAUUUUGUAAACAUUCUGUGGAAAUUUUUCAUAUGUGAAGUUUUUUUCUCUUCAUUUAUUUUCUUCUUUCUUUUUCAUAUUUUCUUUAUGUUUGCGUGUUUUAAGCAUCAGUCAACAUUCACCCCCCUCCCCAUUGAUCAUGAUAUUGAGAUUGUUUUUGAUCUGUUUCAACUCUUGAGUACAGUGUGAGUGUUGAAACUCUGUAUAUAUGUAAUAAAUGUAAGUUGUAUAUCACUUAAACAGCGGACGGAUGUAAUGAAGAUGUAUAUAUAUUGAAAAACCAAUUAUUUAUGACAGAAGCCAUAUAGCUCAUUGAUUGUUGACAUUGGAGAAGUAUGAUUCUGGUAUUUUGUUUCCCCGUCAUUAUAUCUUUUUUUUCUCGAUACUUACACAGAUCUGAUAUUACAAGCAAUGCUUUUGUGAGGUGUUGUCACUGACAGUUUCUGUGUUUGCAUGAUGGCUACCUUACAGCCCGGAGGUGGUUGUUCUGUAUUAUGUCGCCGUAGUCCCAAUAUGUGUCAUGUUUUAUCUCAUUGUUUUCUUUCUUAAUAUGACUGGAACCAUGCGACGCUUCUUCGCUGACAGCUCUUAAUUCCAUAUUUUUUAUCUUACGAGGUUGUAUCCAUGGCAACAGUCAUGAUGCUAUCAUUUUUUUUUUUCAUUGUGAUAGAUUUUAUAAUGACUAAUGCCAAAACCUUAAGGAUUGAAAAUUUGUAUCAAAAGGUUUUUUUUAAAGUAAAUAUCCUAAUUACC